UGGUCCAUCAAUUCCAUGUCGCCUUUGGCUCUGUUCUUUCAUUACGGAGUUCUGGCCAUCAUUUUCGGGAACGGUUUCGGCGAUGAACACGAGUACAGACUGACCAAGUAUCUUCUCGAUGGCUACGACGCGGGUGUACGGCCAGCGAAAAAUUCCUCCCAGCCGUUGGCGGUCGUCUUUGGCCUUUCUCUUCAUCAUAUAAUCGAUGUUGACGAGAAGAACCAGAUACUAACGACGAACUGCUGGGUAACGCAGGUCUGGACCGACCAUCAUCUCAAGUGGAAUGCCUCGGAGUUUGCUGGAAUUCGAGUGAUCCGCGUUCCUUAUAAUCGUGUCUGGAGGCCAGAUACUAUUCUGUACAACAACGCAGAUCCACAGUACAGCUCUGCAGUCAUCAAUACGAACGUGAUCGUCAGUCACACAGGAGAAGUUGUCUGGCUUAGCCACGGGAUAUUUCGCAGCAGCUGCGACAUCGACGUCGAAUUCUUCCCUUUCGACGAGCAACGCUGCGUCCUGAAAUGGGCCUCCUGGACGUACGACGGUUACCAAUUGGAGCUGGAGAGGCAGAGCGAGCAAGGAGACGUGAGCAAUUACCAGGCGAACGGUGAAUUCGACCUGGUCGACUUCUCCGCGAGAAGAAACGUCGAGUAUUACUCCUGUUGCCCGGAACCCUAUCCAGACAUCACUUACGAGAUUCGCCUGCGACGUCGACCGAUGUUCUACGUGUUUAAUUUGAUCCUGCCGUGUAUACUCAUCAACGGUGUUGCACUGCUGGUAUUCUACGUGCCGUCUGAAUCGGGGGAGAAAGUCACCCUCGGGAUUUCGGCUCUCCUCUCCAUGACGGUCUUCCUAAUGACCAUUCGCGAGACACUGCCGCCCACGGAGAAAACCCCAUUGAUAAGUCUUUACUACGGAGUCAGCAUAUGCCUGGUGUCGUUCGCCUCUGGAUUAGCUGUGGUCACGUUGAAUCUUCAUCAUCGAGGCGUUCGUGGGACAAGGGUGCCUAGAAUCGUACGAUCUUUGCUCUUGGAUAAAUUAGCGAAGAUAGUGUUCCUUAAUUUUCAAGAAGAAAAGAGAUCAGAACCGGUCGAGCCACCACGGAGAAAAAACAAUUGCCCGCUGCACUGCAAACCGGAACUGGCUCAGUCGCAGUCGUCGCCCAAGUUUGUGACCAGGAGGGAGGAGAGUAACAGCAGUAGUCCCAGUUUAGAUCUUGGAAAAGAGGGCGGCCUUGAGGCUCAAUGGUCACGCGUGUUGGGAAGAGUGCACGCGACGAUCGAGAGGAACGAGAAGCGUCUCGCCGAGCAGGAUCGUCGGGAGAGGAUGGAAUUAGAUUGGAAACAGGUCGCGUUGGUUAGCGAUCGUGCGCUUCUCUGCGUUUUUUUUCUCACAACGAUCAUCAGUACUACUGUCAUCCUGUGUGGCUCUCCACCGACCACGAACAUCGCCAAAGAAGGCUGA